AUGAUAAAAAGAAAAUAGAACAAAAAUAUAUUAUUACAAAAAAUUCACUUUUUAAAAGGAUAAGAACAUACAGAGACUGAAAUAAUUAUCAAAUAUGCAAACAAAGAAUUUAGUUUCAAAGCUUAUAAUCUAAAAAUGUAUUUUACUUUUGAUGAAUUUCUACAAACACUUAAAGUUCUAUCCUAGACUAACUCAAAAAUAUUUAAUUUUUAUAAUAAUCUCUAGUUAUAAAAUACAGAUGAGGAUGAAAUUUAUCAUAUUUCAUAAGCCUUGCAAUUUUAUUAAGAAAUCUUCAUUUAUUAUAAUAAUCGAAUUUUAUUAAUAGAUGAAUAUCAAAGGCUUUAGAAAUUAGAUUCAAAGUGUAAAAUUUUGAAAGAAAGGCAGAAGAUAUUACCCAUUUCCACUUUUUAUAAGAAGAAGAAUAUAUAAUUAGUUAAAUUUAAACCGUUAACCAUUAUAAAAUUAGAAUAAGAUUAUUGUAUUUUAUAUUAAACUAGAAAUGAAUAUUAUCUCAAAUUCCAUUAAUCAAAAAAAAUUUCAAAUAAACUUAAAAUAAUACCAUUAGUAGAUUAAAAAUUUGAAAAAAUCAACAAGGACAACUUUUUUGAUAUAUUCUCCAUUCAAAAUGAUUAAUUUGAAUAUUCUGACUACAUCAACAAUCUGAAUGAUAAUGUUAAAGAACUCAAAAUAGAUUGUAAAUUCAUAUCUUCUAUCAUAUUAAUUCAGAGAUUUGUACUUAAAAGAUAAUUAAAAUCAAAGUUAUCUAUAAUUUGUAAAUAAAAAAAACGUAAAAUUUUAUGGCGCAAAUCUUUAAUUUGGGAGGAUAGCGCCUUUUUACUUCUCAUUUAAUUGAAUCAAGAUACUAACAAUAAUUAAUUAAUCCAGAUUGAAGGAAAGUAAAUAGAUCACUCAUUAGGAAGAGAGGUUUAUGGAUUAUAACAAAAAUUAUUUUUAUAAUAUGAAUUGAGAGAUAUUUUAAUUACUACAAAUAAAAUGCUUUAAAAAGUUGAUUUAAUUCAUGAUGGACCGAAUUUAAGACUCAAAUCGUAAUAAUUCGAUUAAAUAUAUGGUACAAUAUUCCAAUAUGAAAAUUUUGAUUUAGAGCAAACUCUGCAUUUAAGAAUAGAAAAGUAAAAUUCUUAUAGGAACUAAUAUUUGAAAAAUAGUUUUCUUGAACACUUGUCUAAUAAUAAACCAAUAGAAAAUGGUUUUGACUUGAAAAAAAUCAAAACUCUAUUUAAAGUUGUUUACUUUUAUUAUAUGAAACACAAAUUAUUGAAUGUGAUUAAGUAUAAGUAAAAAGAUAUCAGAUCAUUUCCAAUUUAUUUUUUAACUGAUUCUGAAAUGAAAAACUUGUACGAAGUUUACUAAGAAAAUAAAAAUAUAUAGAAAUCAGAAAAUGAAGAAUAAGAAUUGCAAUAGAAAAGUCUUAUAUACUAAACAAAUUUUAAUGAAUUAGACUUUACCCACUCUGUUAUCUUUGAAGAGAAUCAAAUAGAAAAUUAUUCGUAUAGAGUAACAAUUUACAAAGAUAAAGUUUUAGUAAAAGAAUUAAAUUUACAAAUUUAAACUAUAAAUUUAUUCAACAAAUAUAUGAUCUCAAGUAUUUUUAAUAUGAGAUUUAACAAAAAGAUUAUUGAAAUCUUCCACAACAUUGAUUUUUGUCUUGUAUAAAAUUCUUUUACUUUUAAUAAUAAUUUAAUGUAGGAAAUGGUGAAAAACUUAAUGAUUUUCAAAAUUCAAAGAAGAGUUAGAUUUUUUUAAUUUAUUUAGCGUCAUCAUGUUAAAAAUUAAAAUAUUCUUUUAAGAAUCUCUUAUAUUUCGUCUUAAAAUUAAUAUUACAAAAUAAUUUUUAGAUAUAAGAAAAAUAAAAUCCGAAUUCUUUUCAAUUAAUAAUUAGCUUUACUAGACUUGGCUUAAUUAGCUAAUUCUUUCUAUUUAAAUAAAUAAUAAUAAACUAUCUAUUAGAUAUCAAGCUUUUAAGAAUUCUUAAAUAUAUAGGGAUAUAAUAAUUAAGACGAUUAUCGUUUUAAAUUUAGUAAAUUAAUUAAUUUUCUCGAAAGUAUCAUAAAGAUUAGACGUAACUCCUUAUAUUUUUCCUAAAAGUUGCCUAUAUCAUAAAAUAAAUAUAUGGCCUUUUAAAAAAAAUCCAAAACAUCACAAAAUUAUACCUCUAGAAAAAUUAUAAUUAUUCAAAGAUUUUAUAGAUAUAAAUUAGCCAAGGCCCACUUUGAAUUAAUAAAAAAAGGCUAACAAAAAAAAAAUAAAUUAAGAUAUCGAUGUAUUAGAAAAAUUGGAAGAAAAUAUUAUCUAACAUUUUGUUAUGAAUUAUCUUCAGAAAAACUUUUAGCAAAAUUAAUACAAUACAAGGAAUCUUAUUAUAAAUUUCAAAAGAGUUUAUAAUUUAAUUAAAGUAAUUUUAUAAAUUUUAAGCAUUAAAGUAAAUAUUAGUUUUUUGCUAAUUGUAUAGAUUUAGUUGAUGGAGAGAUUACAUUCAUUUUAGAAAAUUUCUAAAUUUAAAAAUCUUAAGAGGAAGUAGUUGAUAAUAAUUUUGAAUUUUAAACUUUACAAGAUUAUCCGUAUCAAAAAUAGAUAAGAUCAAGAUUAAUAAAUUCAAAGAGAGAAAGAAAUGUUUUAUAUAAUGUCGUUUAUUCUAAUAAAAAAAUUAUCAAUUCUUCUUGUGAUUCAUUUUUGAUUAACAUAAACUUAAAAUCAAUGCGAAACGUUUAUCAUUCGGAGGACAGGUAAACGUUAAUUAAACAUGUUGCAGAAACAAGCCUAGAUAGUAUCAAGUACGAAAAUAAUCAUUUAAAAGUCAAUGUAUCAAAGAUAAUUCCUGAAAAACUUAAAUUUUCUUAAAAGCCAAGAUUUUAAGCUUGUGAAAAAAUAUUAAAGCCAAAAGCUCAAGUGGAAAUUUUAUAUAAAACCACUUAAAGAUUUGAAAAUUAAAAAUAUUUAUUACAAAUUUAAUUUAUCAUUGAAUAAGCUAAAACAAUACUUCCAAUUGAAAAAGAUAAUCAUUUUGGCUUGUUUUAAUCAGAAUAUAAGAUUUUAGCUAUUAAUUUUAAAACAAAAAAGGAGAUUAGUUGGAAUAUCAGUUUUGAAAAUGCUAUAAGUUUGACUUAAAAAACAAAAAAAGAUGAAAUCACUCUUGCAAUCAUAUAAAACCUCUCUUUAUUAAAUGAUAGAUUUUUAUUUGUAACAAACAAGCCAGAGUUUAAAUUUUAAAAUGUUAUUAUUAUAAAAUUAAGUUUUAUACAGACAAUUUAAAAAGUAUGUAGAACUAGAAAAUUCGAUAAGAAUUAUUAAUAAUAUAAAUUAAUCAAAAAAGUAAAAUCUUAAACUCUUCUUCACACUGUAUUUUAAGAUUAUAUCAUAAUAUUUUAAACAAGAGGUGAAAUAAAUUAUAAUGAGUCGAUAUGGCUAUUUUUAUGGGACUUGAAAAAUUUUAGUUAGAAAAAAAUAGAAGUUUAAUUAAAAAAAGUAUGAUAUCAAUUUCAAAUAUAGUAUUUACAUUUUUGGAACAUAAGUUCUCGGGCUUUUGCUAAAGCACUUUUACAUUUAGUAAUAAUUACAAAUGAAAGAAUAUUCUUUAAAAAAUUUAAUGAAUUAGAAUUUUAAAAUAAAUUUGAGAGAUAUUUAUAUUGA